UUACUCUGCGUAGAAGCUAAAAAGAAUUUAGCCCACACAAAUGGGUGUGUAUCGGUAUGAAUAUGAUCUGCAACUGCAACCGAGAACACUGGUUCACUCUUCGAUCGGAACUGUAAGUCUCAUCUUCCCCAAUUCCCCAAGGCGCUUUCCGGUGGCAAAUUCAUCUCUUCAAUGACGCAAUAAUGGUGAACUGAAUCUUUCUUCAUUCACAAUGUCUAAUCUCCAUUGUUCGGGCACUCAUUCCUCUUGGAUUCUCAUUUUCCAACAAAAAUCCGAUUCAGAAAUGUCCAAAUGCCGCAAUUGCAGAGCUUCUCCUCUCUCUCAACCUUGAGGUUUGGGAAUACUUUGUUUCUCUCUCCAUAUCUCGCAAUUUCUUGAUUGCUUCUUCCUGUACCAGGAAUUUCUUCUUCUUCCUCCUUGCAGACCGUGUACUACCGUGUCUGGAUUCUUGAACUAGUUUUAUGUAUAAUGGUUCCAUGUCUCUCAUAUACGCAUGACGUUUUUCCGAGUAAGAAUUUUUCCCUGACCUCAAGAGGGAACAUCCGAGCGAAGAAGGCUCUCUUCUUGCUUCAAAACUGCAAGAAUUUCAAACAGCUCAGGCAAAUCCAUGCCAAAAUCAUUCGUAGCGGCCUUUCUAACGAUCAAUUACUUACUAGGAAACUGAUUCAUCUCUACUCUUCUCAUGGAAGAAUAGCGUAUGCGAUUUUUCUAUUUAAUCAAAUCCAGAAUCCUUGUACGUUUACUUGGAAUCUGAUAAUUAGGGCCAACACUAUCAAUGGUCUCUCCGAAGAAGCCCUCAUGUUGUAUAAGAACAUGGUGUGUCAAGGAAUUGCAGCCGAUAAGUUUACAUUUCCAUUUGUCAUCAAAGCUUGUACAAUUUUCUUUGCCAUUGACCUAGGAAAAGUAGUUCAUGCGUCUUCAAUCAAAUACGGAUUUUCAAGGGAUACAUUUGUGCAAAACAAUCUAAUAGAUUUUUACUUUAAGUGUGGACAUAAACAUUGUGGUUUGAAGGUGUUUGAGAAAAUGCGUGUUUGCAAUGUGGUGUCAUGGACAACCAUGAUAUCUGGGCUGGUCUCUUGUGGUGAUGUACAGGAAGCAAGAAGGAUAUUUGAUGAAAUGCCAUCUAAAAAUGUUGUUUCAUGGACAGCAAUGAUAAAUGGGUAUAUUAGAAAUCAACAGCCUGAAGAAGCUCUUGAACUAUUUAAGAGAAUGCAGGCUGAGAAUAUUUGUCCAAAUGAGUAUACAAUGGUGAGCUUGAUCAAAGCAUGUACUGAAAUUGGAAUCUUAAGUGUUGGUAGAGGGAUUCAUGACUAUGCCAUCAAGAACAGUUUCGAAAUUGGUGUUUAUCUUGGCACGGCUCUAAUUGACAUGUACAGCAAAUGUGGUAGUAUAAAGGAUGCAAUAGAAGUUUUCGAGACGAUGCCCAGAAGAAGUUUACCGACAUGGAACUCAAUGAUCACUAGCUUGGGAGUACAUGGGUUGGGGCAGGAAGCUCUCAAUCUUUUCAGUGAGAUGGAAAGGGAAAAUGUGAAGCCAGAUGCAAUCACGUUCGUAGGCAUUUUAUGCGCUUGUGUACAUAUGAAGAAUGUAAAGGCAGGCUGUGCUUACUUCAAACGAAUGACACAACAUUAUGGUAUUGCACCAAUUCCUGAGCAUUACAAGUGUAUGGCUGAGCUUUAUGCUCGUUCUAAUUCCUUGGAUGAAGCCUUGAAUCAACAAAAGUGAUGUCGAUGGAACCCAAUGAGGAUUCCUUGGCUUUUCUGUUGAAUAAUGAGUAAAGAAAUAUGCAAAUGCAGGAGGUCGCAAGUUUGGCCAACGGCCCUUCUCUUUGUUUUGAUGCCAGAGCUAAGCAGGUGCGGAAUUUUCUGUUGAAUUUUUUAGCUUACUACUUGCUUUUCACUGUCAUUUUAUACACUGGAAAAAGGGGGUUUUCAUGCUCUUGCAUAGUAUACAACAAACUUAAUUGUUAUUGAUUCUUAUUGCAAUAGGUAUACCCUGUUGAUUUCAAUGAAUUUGAAAUUGUUGAUAGAAAAAUAGGUGUAAUAUACAAGAGUUAAACGUGCAUUCAUUAUUUUUAUGUUGUGCAAA